AUGAAUUUUAAAUUACAUACUUUUGUAGUGCUGGAAAUUAUUUUAGCAGUACAAGGCGUAGUGUUGUAUAGAGCUGAUCAUCAUGACCAUAUAAGGGAACCCCAUCGCAGGUUAUUUAGAAGACGUGCAGGCCAUCACGAAUCACCUCCACCAGAAGAACCUUCUACACACUCUGCAAGUGACCAAACGUCAUUCCGACUCCCAAGGAGUGUGUCAACUUCAUCACCAUUUAGUGACGAUUCGGUUUCACGAAGACCAAGUGGAGAACCAUCUUCUUCUUCAGCGACAGCAGAAUCGACUCCGUCAACAUUAUCAAGUGACGAUCAAUCUUCUGAUUUACCAUUAAGUGAAAAAUCAUCAUCAUUAUCUGAAUCGUCUUCAUCGCCAAAUGGUGAGUCACCCUCCACAUUGCAACCAAGCGAUGAACCAUCCACUCUAUCUCUAGUAACUGACAACGAAGCAUCUUCUUCAUCGUCAUCUCCUUUCCCGGUAGAGUCAAGUGUAGAACCAUCUCUUAGAACAUCAGCAUCAAAUGACGAGCCAUUUACUUCAGCGUCACUUAGUGGAAAAUCUCUUACACAGUCAUCAGCAGAAUCAAGUGUUGAAUCAUCUUCUCCAUCAUCAUCAACUGACGAAUCAUUUUCCCUACCACCAUCUGAUGAGCCAUCUGCAUCACCACUAUAUGGUGAACCACAAAAUCAUGAACUAUCUUCCACACAGCCAGCUGAUGAACCGUUUUUAGAACGGUCGUCUUCUUCGUCGUCAGUAGAAUCGACUCCUCCAGCAUUAUCAAGUGACAAUCAAUCUUCUGAUUUACCAUCGAGUGAUAAAUCAUCUUCUUCAUCAUCACCAAAUGGCGAGUCACCUUCCACAUUACAACCAACCGAUGAACCAUUCUCUCUAUCUCUAGUAACUGACGAUGGAGUAUCUUCUUCAACGCCAUCUCCUUUCCCGGUAGAUUCAAGUUUAGGACCAUCUCUUACAUCAUCAGUAUCAACUGACGAGUCACUCUAUUCACCGUCACCUACUGGAAAAUCUCUUUCAUCAGCAGAUUCAAGCGUAGAAUCAUCUUCUUCAUCAUCAUCAUCAACUGAGGAAUCAUUUUCUCUACCACCAUCCGAUAAACCAGCUGCAUCACCGUCUCUGAGUAACGAUACGUCUGAAGGAUCUUUUGAAGUUCAUUGGUUGUACUUACAAAAGGAUGAUCGUGUGUUUAUUUUAGAUGGUUUCUGAUAGUUGAUAUUUUUAAGAUGUGUCUUCAUAAAAACGUUCUUUUGUAAAGGGAGUUUCACGACGAACUGUAUAAAUAAAUGCGGAUAUCUUUUAAACCGAAUUAAUUUACUUCUAGUAUGUAGGAUGUAUCGCUGAAGGCCAACAGGCUCAUCAAGUACAUCAUUGUAUCAAUUGCAGUUCGUCAUGAAAUGCCCUGUGAUAUAAAUAAGGAAAAAUCUUAUAGUUUGCGUUAGUGUGGGUUUCUUUUUCAAUUUUAAACAAUAUUUCAGUCGUUUAUACGUUAACGCUAGAAUAUUCUUUAAUAAAGUGCCUACGAAUUGUAUUCAAAAUGUAAUAUUAUAGAGCUUUGCUAUUUAUGUUGUUUAUACGAUUAUUCAUUACUUGGUAGUUAAAACAAUAUAUUAUAUUUCACGAAACAAUAAUAAUAAUCGUCUAGAUUUAUGGUACAGAAUUGUUUUCAUUACAAUUAGAAAUUGGGUUUUAUUGUUAAGUAGGUAACCCUGAUUUUCAAACCGUAGUUCAUCUGUUUUACAAGUUGUUUGGUAGGUAUUCCAAUCAUUAUUAUUUCAGUUAAUAAUAAAUUGUGAGCUUUCACCACCUACCACUGAUGUUAAGUUUAAAUCGUCAGUGAUAUGUUUAGCAGGUAAAUAUGUCAGAAGAAUGAAAAGAAUAGCAUAGAUCAAUGAAAUCGCCAGCGUAUAUAGAAAACAAUACAGGACCAACUAUACCACUUUGAGGUACACCUCUUUCAAAAUGGUGAGGAUUUUUAACAUUGAUACACUACUUUUGGUGAACAU